GCCCUCUAAAUAAUGACGUGUCAAUCUCACAAUGGCCCUCAAGAAAUCAAGAGAUUUUCCACCGUUGGUUCGUCCUAACCACCGGUCACCGUGGGUAGUACUACGCAUUCAACAAAAUUACACAGCUCAGAGGAGAGAGAAAACCGGGCGUCAAUCAGAAGUAUACACAGAAAGAUUGUUCCUUUUCCCCGCCAAAUUCAACGCGGUGAUGCAAUCACCAACGUCAAAUUUCACCCUUCCCCCAAGCUAACUAGAGCCUUAGCGCAGCAACUGUUGCCAGUGGGUCCCCACAUUACCUAAUCCCUGAUUAAAAACUAAAAGCGGAAACUCAGUUCCUCAAAAUUUUUGCCGUCUAAGAUCAAAGCGUUUCCUGAUCGUUGUUUAUUGAUAGAAAUUAGACCCAUCUUGAGUUAGUUUUGUUUUAAUGCGAAUUUGGAUGAUGUUUUUGCUAAUUGGGCUUGUGGGGUUUUCUGGGUUUUCUGUUUGAAUGUUUAUGGAUUGAGUACUGAGGAGUGAGGAUGAGGAUUUGUUUAUGUGAAGGGUUUUGGUUCGGAGUUGAGGUUCUGAGUCCAUGGGGAGGAUAAAGCCUCAGGCAUUGUUAGUUCAGAGCAAAAGGAAGAGGGGACCAACUAAGAUAAGUGGCACCACCAUUCUCUUGUGCAACAUAAUCGUUUUGUUGAUUGUGUUGUCCUUGAUUGCCACUUAUAGGCAUUGGUCGAAGAGUUCUGGGGACCAAAAGGGUACUGCUGGGUCAUCAACUUUUGAGGAAAGCAAUCGGGUUGAAGAUUCAAAGAAGUAUGAUCUUCCUGGAUAUGCUGUUCUAAAUACAUCAAAAGGGUAUAUAACAGUAGAACUUUUCAAAGACAGUUCUCCUGAGACCGUGGACAAAUUUAUUGACUUGUGUCAAAAGGGGCACUUUAAAGGAAUGCAUUUCCACCAUGUGAUAAAAAACCGUGUGAUUCAAGGAGGGCAUUCCCAAGGGCUAGGAGCUGCUGAAGAUUGGACAUCAAAAGGGAAGCUUCACGGUCAUUUCUCUACAAGUGAGAAACAUGAAGCAUUUAUGCUUGGAACUCCAAAAACCAAAGAUGAUGGCAAAGGAUUCGAGCUAUUUAUCACAACUACACCAAUAGCAGAUUUAAAUGAUAACCUAUUUGUGUUUGGACGUGUCAUCAAGGGUGAGGAUGUAGUGCAGGAAAUUGAAGAGGUCGAUACAGAUGAACACUAUCGGCCUAAAUCACCUGUAGGGAUCAUUGACGUGACACUGCAACAUGAAAUCUGAGUGAUAUUUCUGAACUAUAUUAAAAUUAAUAUUUUGACUCUUGAAAUGCUGUUAAUAUUUUUCUCACUAAUAGUUCCAUACACCUGUACUUUUCUAGAAAAAUUUUGGUGUAACUUCCCCUACAGGUUUUUUUCUUAAAAAAAUCUUUUCUAGCAAAGGAAGAAUGGAAGGUGUAUCGCCUGAGGUAGACAAAUACAACUUUAAGUUGAUUCAUCCAUGUUCCUAAGCUUAUUCUGUGUAUGUAAUUUGGUCAAAAUCUUGAAGUACUUAAUUCUUCUAAUUUCGUUUUUCUUUUCCUCAUUUUGGUUGAUGAAAUGACUAUUUUUUAGUCAAACUAUAAAGAUGUGGUAAAUUAGAUAGAGAUGAUAGCAUCUAUUUUCUGAUUGCGUUAUUUUUAAACUAGUUAAGUUGGUCGGUGGAGGGAAUAGCAAUUAGUUAACAACACCUUUAGCUAGGUUCUAGCCAUUCAUUCCUUUUUUGCAACUCAGAAAAUUAAUGUAGGUUUGAAAG